UGCCGAGCAUACGUGAGGCUCUAGCACUGGAAGAGGAAAUCAAGGGACGCACAAAGCACACAGGCUUGGAAGAGUAACAUGGACAGUGGUGCAUACUCAGAUGCUGUCAGCACCCCUGCCUCCUGGGGCCAAAUGGAGUCCUCUACAAUCUCUGAGUAUGACUAUGAUUCUCAGAGUGAACUAUGUGAGAGGAAGAUUCACUUUGCAAGAACAUUCACUGCUGUCUUGUACUCUCUGGUAUUAUUCCUCAGCCUGAUGGGUAACAGCCUGGUUUUCUGGGUCUUGGUGAAGUAUGAGAAUCUAGAGUCACUCACCAAUAUCUUCAUCCUCAACCUGUGUCUCUCAGAUCUUAUUUUCUCCUGCCUGCUGCCUGUGUGGAUCUCAGCACAAUUUCAUAAAUGGUUGCUAGGUGACUUUCUCUGCAAGCUCCUCAACCUGAUCUUCUCCAUCAGCCUCUACAGCAGCAUCUUCUUCCUCACCGUUAUGACCAUCCACCGCUACCUGUCUGUAGUGAGCCCCAUAUCAACUCUGGGCAUCCAUUCCCUCCGCUGCCGCGUGCUGGUGAUCACGUCUGUGUGGGCAGUCAGUAUCCUGUCCUCCAUCCCUGAAGCUAUCUUCCACAAGGUGAUUGAGUCACAAUGUACUUAUUCAGAACUUCAUGGGUUGUUGGCCUCAGUCUACCAGCACAACAUCUUCUUUCUCCUCUCCAUGGGGAUCAUCCUGUUCUGUUACAUACAGAUUCUCAGAACCUUGUUUCGUUCAAAGUCCAGACAGAGGCACCGGACAGUCAGGCUCAUCUUCACCAUCGUGGUGGCAUACUUCCUCAGCUGGGCUCCUUACAACCUCAUCCUCUUCCUAGAGACACUAUAUACAACUGAAGUCAUGCUGCAGACCUGUAAGAGCAGGCAGCAGCUAGACAUGGCUAAUAUCAUCAGCCGCAAUUUGGCCUUCUCCCACUGCUGCUUCAACCCAGUGCUUUAUGUCUUUGUUGGGGUCAAGUUUCGCAGACACCUAAAAAGUCUUCUCCAGCAGGUCCGGCUGUGCUGGCAGAAGACAUCCAGCCCCAUCCCACCCUCCUACUCCCCUGGUGCAUUUACAUAUGAGGGCCCCUCCUUCUACUGAAAGGAAAAGAUGGGCACACAGCACAGGUGACUAGGGAAGUUGGAGGAAGGCAACAAGAAGUGGUUCAGAAAGGAAUGCUGCAGAAGACGCAACAGUGGAUGCCAGGGAGGAGAGACAUGACAGCUGUGGGAAAGUGGCUUUCAAAAUCCAAAGCAAUACUUCCUGGACUUGGUUCAUCAUUCAUUCUCUCACUUAGACAUAGAUUGCUUAUCAGCGAUUGAUCAGAAGAUCCUAAUUAUAAGGAAUUCCAGACAGUGGGAAGGCUCAAACUCUGUGUGUGUUAACUGCAAUGAGGUUGCUGACACAUAAGAUUGUCCCAACUGAUUUUUUUUUCUUUUUUGGCGGUGUCUGGUUCUGUGCUUCUUACAAUUUCUGGAGAAAAUGUCUUCAGGACAAGAAUAAUUACAUCCUCAAAGAAGUACAGUCACAAAGAAGUCUAGACCAUAAAAUCCCAUUAAAUUGAAAAAAGUUCUGUACUGGCAUCAACUGCUAACACACAAACUAGUUUUUAAAUAUUUACCCCAUAAUUGAAUGCAUAUGUGCUACCAUCUGCACUAAGUAAUUAUUUAGACAAUGCGGAGAUGAAUAAGAUAUUGCUGUAACUUCCAGGUGACACCAAUACACCCAUGAAAGUUUGGAAAAAGCAAAGAUCACUUAACAAAGGCAUGCAAGCUGAAGAUUCCACUGCCUUUCAUCUCUUCCAGACUGAGAGAAAGCUGACUUCCCACCAUCUGGAUGAUAAUGCCAGCAUUCCCUUUUUGAUCAUUCUCCAAAGCUGAAUCUUCCUCAAGCACUGAAUCCCUUCUCCCUAAGCUGCCAGAGCCACGUCCUCUAGAUUCUGCCUUUCCAGCAUCUCUCCAGCUUAUUCUCAUGAUCACAUACCCAUGACUUCAUCUCUACAAGGACCUCUACUCCAGUGUCUUCCUGUUGGUUGCUUUUUUCCCCCUCUGUUCCAUCUUCCUCCUCCGGAAAACUGCU